AUGGAGGCAGGGCGACGCGUGGACGUGGCGACGCGUCUCCUGGCCGCCAAGAACGUGCCCUUGUUGGUGGCCGCCCCGCUUUUGCUCCAGGAUCUAAGCAGCUGGCGGGAACGAGGGGUGUUGGGGCUGCAAAGCGCCGUGCUCUACUCCCUGCCCGAGUUGGACGGGGCGGUGGACACGGUGGUCCUAGGGGGGUUGGUGGGGGACAAGAUCGCCAUCGUCCCGGAACGGGCUCGGAAACUCGCCCGCCGCAUCCUGGGCUGGCACCAACUGCGUGUCACGCCAGCCAAGGAGAAGAAGGUGUCCAUCCUUUGCUACGGCUUCCCGCCCAACGUCGGGGCCAUCGGGACAGCGGCCCUGUUGAACGUGCCUCGGUCGCUGGAGAAGCUUUUGAUCGCUUUGCAGGAGCAGGGCUACGACACGGGGCUGGACGCGCGGAAGAUCGACGGGGAGAGCGUGAUCGCCAUCCUCACGGCCAUCAAUCAGGAGGCCGUGGUGGCGGGGGGCCCGAAGAAGAUGCACGCCAUGGUCGAGGCGGGCACCUUCGACGGGGGGAACGGGGCCGCGGGAGGGGAGAUGCUCAAGGCGAGAAUCACUGCGGAAGGGAUCCUUCCGGGCGCGUUUCGGGCGGCGGUCGGGGAGAGGACCGCGGCGAGGGUCGAAAAGAUGUGGGGGGAGCUGGAGGGAUACGUGGGGCUCUUCACCAGCCAGGCAGGGGAGCUGGUCGUGGGCGGGGUGCAGCUCGGGAACGUCUGGAUCGGCAUUCAACCGCUCUUGGGCAUCGAGGGAGACCCCAUGCGUCUGCUCUUCGAGCGCGACCUGACCCCCCACCCCCAGUACGUUGCCUUCUAUGACUGGAUGCGGAACAGCUUCAAGGCGCAGGCCGUGGUACACUUCGGGACGCACGGGACCGCGGAGUGGCUCCCCGGCUCGCCUCUGGGGAACACAGCCACCACCUGGCCCGAUAUCUUGAUGGGGGAGAUCCCCAACCUGUACGUCUACGCCUGCAACAACCCUUCCGAGUCCAUCCUGGCCAAGCGCCGGGGCUACGGCACCAUUGUCAGCCACAACGUCCCCCCCUACUCUCGCGCCGGUCUAUACAAAGACCUCGCGCAGCUUCGCGAGCUUGUGAGCGAGUACAGGGAGAACAGCGAGGCCAACGCCGGCCUGCGUCCCGUCAUUGUGGGCGUGCUGGAGCGGACGGGUCUGUGGGAGGACUGCCCCUGGCCCUCGCCUUCGUCUCCCGAGGAAGCCGCGUCGGUGGACGCUGCGGCUUUCAAUGCCUAUAUGGGCCGGCUUGCCUCCUACUUGGGGGUGCUGGAGCAACGGCUCUUCUCGGAGGGGCUGCACGUGCUGGGGGAGACGCCCUCGCCUCGUCAGGUCUACCAAUACCUGGACGCCUACUUCGACCAGGACCUCCCCCCCCUCCUCCUUGAGGCCAUCGCCGGGCUACCCACCCCGCCCGCGGCCUCUGCAAAGAGUCUUCUUUCGGAUCUGGUCGCCUCGUGUCGCGCCUCCUCGCCCUCCUCCCCUCCUUCUGCCCCACUCUCCGCCGAGGGAGGGCAGCUCUCGCAUGGGUCUGGUCCCGGGGAAUGCGGGGUCGAGGACGUGACGGAGGCGCUGCUCCGCGAACUGGAAAGGGGGGACGGGAGGCCGGUCACCCACUGGUACAACAGCCUCUCCAACGAGGAGAAGUACGCCAUGACUCUUUACCGACCCAACGACCUGCUGCGCUUCUACUCCUUGCGCCUGCGCCGGGCAUGGGGGGACCGAGAGGCCAAGGCGAGGCUGGAGGAGGAAGUUGCAGUGGGCUGGGGCACGAUGGAGGAAAUAGCCGAGGCGCCGAGCGAGAACGUGAAGGAGGGCUUGAGGGAAAGGGUAGUGGAAGCGAUCGAGAUUAAGAAGAUGUUGGAGCAGAAUACAGAGGAACUGGCCUCGCUCGUCAAGGGCUUGAACGGGGAGUACGUGCUUCCGGGCGUGGGGGGAGACCUCCUGAGGGACGGUCUAGGCGUGCUCCCAACCGGGAGGAACAUCCACGCCCUCGAUCCCUACCGCCUGCCGUCCCCAGGGGCUUGGGCGAGGGGCCAAGAGGCGGUACGAAAAAUCCUGGCGCAGCACCAAGCGGCCGACGGCGGCUACCCGGAGACCGUGGCAGUGAUGCUCUGGGGCCUGGACGCGAUCAAGACCCGGGGCGAGAGCGUGGCGAUCCUCCUGGCCUUGGUGGGGGCGAGGCCCGUGAAGGAGGCGACGGGGCGGGUGGUCCGGUACGAACUGGUGCCUUUGGCCGAGCUCGGCCGGCCUCGGAUCGAUGUGCUGGCGUCCUUGUCAGGAAUUUUCCGGGACUCUUUCUCCAACGUGGUCGACUUGCUGGACGAUCUCUUUGAGCGUGCGGCGACGGCGGAGGGCGAGAGUGAGGACAUGAACUACAUCAAGAAGCAUGCGAACAAACUCAAAGAGCAAGGGGAGGAUCGGCCGACGGCCAGGUUGUUCAGCAACCCCGCGGGCGACUACGGGAGCCUCGUCAACGAGCGGGUUGGAAAUGGUGAGUGGGAGCAGGAGGAGGAGCUGGGGGAGACGUGGGCGAGUCGAAACGCCUACAGUUUUGGAAAAGGUGAGAGGGAAAACGGGGUGAAACGGGACGGGGUCUUGAAGGAGCUGCUGGGCACCACGGAGAGGAUCGUGCAGGAGAUCGAUUCGGUCGAGUACGGCCUGUCAGACAUCCAGGAGUACUACGCCAACACGGGCGCGCUCAAGAAAGCCGCUGAAAAUAUCGCGAACGCCCCUGACCGGUCAGGUAAAAACACUGCCGCCCCUCCCAGAGCCCAGCCAGCGCCCUCGCAGGGCCGGGCGGAUUCUGACCAGCAGGGAGGAAAGGGAGAAGAGAAGAAGAAAAGGGUAGUCAAAGUGUCAAUCGUGGAGGCCUUCACCAAGGACGUGGCACCGCAGGAGCUGGAAGCGACCCUUCGGUUGGAAUAUCGAAGCAAGCUUCUGAAUCCGAAGUGGGCGGAAGCAAUGGCAGCACAAGGGUCAGGAGGAGCCUACGAGAUCAGCCAGCGGAUGACGGCGUUGGUAGGCUGGAGUAGCACGGCUGGCUUUCGGGAUCAAUGGGUCUACGACGGGGCGGUGGAGAGGUACGUAUUGGACGAAAAGAUGGCGCAAAAACUGAUGGACAACAACCCAGAGGCGAUGCGCAACGUGGUGAAGAGGAUGUUGGAAGCGAAUGGGAGGGGAUACUGGGAGACAACGCCAGAGGUUCUGGAGCACUUGCGGGAAAUGUACGCGGCAGCAGAGGAUGAGAUAGAGCUCAGCGGGGGCAAGGGGGUCCGGAAGAAGGUGCUAAGGGAGGACGGGGGAGAGAAGUCAGCACCAACGCCGCGGGAGGAGGUGAAGGUGGUUUCUGCGAUGAUGAAAAAUCUGAAGGAGGAGAGAGCGCCCGUGGUGUCACGGUAGGAGGAGCGAGACUGGGCGGCGGGAUUGGCGGCGGACGGGCUUAAGGAGCGCGCGGAGCUGGGGACGCGACUGCCGAAAGAUACGUGGGUGAAAAAACAGGAAGAGCGCCGCCUGGUAGAGGUGCGAUUUGUUUCAAUAGUCGGUAGGAUUAGUGUGCACAUAGCUUGUAGGAGUACAAACAAUUGGUCUGCUUGGAGGGGUGAAGAUGCGUUGGGGAGUUCGUGGGUGAGUCUUUCCUGUAUGUAUGAUUUCCGUUUUGCUUUUUGCCAUCAAGCAAAUGACGUCCAGUCCAUGGUCAAGGACUGUUCCUGAACAAUCAGACACAUCACGUGGCCGAAAAGGGCAUGCUGCAAAAUUUUUUGGGCGUUUUUAUCGCCUACGUGCCAAUUGCAGGUUUGAUGCACUAGGAGUACGACUCGCUCCUCUUGAUUUGUUUGGGAUUGGGUGCGUGUGCUCUUUAAGCUGCCCACAGGUUUAAUCACGACGUAGAAGGGACGAUGCGAGAAUGCAAUCCGCCUUAUGCAAAAAGGUAUCGUUCUGAUGCCCCAUUAUCUUGAGUUAAUGGGAUAAGCUUCUGGUCGUUGUUCAUCAGUCCUUCUCAAUCCCGAUUUAUAGAAGAUUUGUGCGGCUUGGAGUCGACGAUAAGCACGGGCAGCAGUUGGAUAGGUGCAUGGGAAGGGGGGAUGGACCGUAUAAGAACACUUUUGAACGGAGAGAAAUAUCGUGUAC